GAAGCCAACCGUGGUCGGUCCUUCUACAGUCGAAUCGCCGAGCCUCAGCGUAUCCUACGAGGACCUCAGAUCAGCCUCUUGUAGAGCUCCAAGAGCAGCUUACCCUAUGGGGGAAUGGGGGCCUGAUCACGGGAAGUAUGGGAUACGGGGGAGCUGUCUGGCAAUCCUACAACGACGGCCAGGACUACCGAAACGAACCGUAUAACCAAAGAGGAGCUGAACCAUUCAAUCAGAGGGCGGAACCUUUCGGCUCUCGCCAGGACUACAGAGACGGUGGAUUCCGACAGGAUCAGUCCCAAGCUCCCGGAUUCGACAAUUACGGGAACCGUCAUGACAUGAGAGAUGAUUACCGUGGGGGACCCUACGUCGACGAUGGUCGCGGAUAUGAAAACGAUUAUCGAGGCUAUGACGAUCGCCAAGAUUCUGGACCACCUCCGCCACCGGAGAGACCUGCGAGGAGACCUCUGCUGCCCGGCGAAAAGCCUGAUCCGAUCAAAGAUCUCCUCUACGAGAUGCAGGGGAACACGUACAACCUCCAGGUGACACAAAGCGAACCGAAGAAAUUCACCGCUCGAUGUCGGCUUUUCGUCGCGCCGCUUCCGCCAAGCGUCAACGAGGACGAGCUCAAGAAAUGGUUCAGUCAGUAUGGUGAGGUGGGCGAGGUUUUCUUCAACAAAUCGAAGAACUUCGCUUUCGUCAAAAUGGACACCCGAGAAAACUGUGAGGUCGCCAAGAACUCUCUUGAUUUCGCGAAGAAGGAUGGCGUGACUAUCCGAGUGCGUUUUUCAUCCAAUCCAGCGGCGGUUCGGAUUUCAAAUUUGACAAACUACGUUACCAACGAAUUGCUCGAGACCGCAUUCUCAGUGUUCGGCGAAAUCGAACGCGCGGUAGUGAUCGCUGAUGAGAGAGGUCGUCCGACGGGAGAAGGAAUCGUAGAAUUCGCACAGAAACGCUCAGCCGUACUGGCGAUAAGGCGUUGCGAAGAAGAGUGUCUCUUGUUGACGGCGUCGCCCCGGCCCGUGUUGGUGGAGCCGUACGAUUUCCGCGACGAGGACGAAGGUCUCCCUGAACGCAACCUCAACAAGUCGAAGAGCUAUCAUGCCGAGCGGGAGCUAGGGCCGCGGACGGCUAUGCCCGGCUCUUUCGAGUAUGAGUUCGGCUUGAAAUGGAAACGACUCUUCGAGAUGGAAGCCAAGAAAAAGGAACAGUUGGAGUACGACAAUAAGAGGUGCCGUCAAAUGAUGGAGGAACAGCUCGACUACUAUAUGUACGAGCACGAAGCGAAUUUGCUUCGUGAGAAACUGCGAGCAAUGGAAGAGCAAACUCAACAGAUCCAGAGAGAGAGAGACAUGCGCAUGCGAGCUGAGGAGGUUGAACGGAGACGCCGAGAAGAAGACGAUUUCCGGAGGCGUCCCAUGGACCCGAUGGACGGCGGGCGACGUCCAAUGAUGGAUUGUAUGGAUGGACGUCGUCCCCCUCCCGGUCCUCCCAUGGACCCGAUGGAUGGCGGGAGGAGGCUCCCCAUGGGGGGUGGACCCCCAUUCCAGGGACAACGAGCGAGCUGGCAGGUAGCCGGACCCCCUCAAGUUCCACCGCCGUAUCAAAGUUCUCGACAGAACCAACAGAUGGGACAACAUCGCUUCUGA